AUAGAACGUGCAAGGAAUAGAUCGAGGCAAUGAAUUCCGUCCGUUGAUCGAACGCGACAAAAUUACAACCCACCUUCUCCGACACAAUACCCAACAGAGCGCUCGUAUAGCUUUCUUCCAGACGCAUCCAGUUACUUCUUUCGACUCUCUGGUUAAUCUUUUGCAUCGUUUCCUGAUUCAUUCCUUUCUCCGGAGAAACAAUGGGGGUGGGAGAGCUCUUUCUUGCUGUGUUCCUUCAAGUGUUAUUUGACCGAUUGGCUUCACCCGAGUUGCUGGCCUUUGCACGCCGAGAGGGACUUGAAAAAAAGCUGGACAAGUGGAGCAAGACGUUGUCAACGAUUCAAAAGGUGCUUGAUGAUGCAGAGGAGAGGGAAUUACAUUCUGAGAAUACGGCAGUAAAAGAGUGGCUGGAGGAUCUCAAAGACUUGGCCUACGAUGUGGAGGACAUACUCGAUGAGUUUGCCACACAAGCUUUGCGACGCAAAUUAAAGGGUAAAAAUCAGGCAACGACUAGUAAGGUACGGAAUCUCAUCCCUGCUUUUUUUAGUGGUUUAAGAAGUAGGCUGGAGUCAAAUAUCAAGGAAAUCACUACUCGAUUUGAAGAUCUAGCGGCACAAAAAGAGAAACUCAAUUUGAGACAAAAUGUUGACAGGAGGCCAAAUGGAAUAAGAGGGCCACUAGUCCCAACUUCUAUAGUGAAUGAAGUCGUUUACGGCAGGGAAGGAGAUAAAAAGGCUUUACUUGAUUCAUUGCUGAGUCAAGGAUCAAACGAUCAAGUCUCUGUGAUUCCUAUAGUUGGUAUGGGGGGUAUUGGAAAGACAACCCUUGCCCAGUUUGUAUACAAUGAUGAAGAAGUCAAAAGUUUGUUUAAGCUUAGAGCUUGGACUUGCGUUUCUGAAGAUUUCGAUGCUAUUAGGGUCACGAAAGCAAUUUUAAAAUCUCUUAGCCGCGAAAGCAAUGAUGAUAAUGAUUUGAAUUUGUUGCAAAUCAAAUUAAGUGAGGCCCUAAAAGGGAAGAAAUUUCUAGUCAUUCUGGAUGAUCUUUGGAAUGAGAAUUAUAAUGAUUGGACAAUCUUACUUGCUCCUUUCAAAGCAGGCGCUCCAGGAAGUGUAGUUAUUAUCACAACUCCCAUCGAGAAGUUUCGAGGAGGACAAGUACCACUGAAGCUUACCAGCUGGAUUUGUUGUCAAAUGACGCUUCUGUGUCCAUAUUUACCCAACAUGCAUGCCUUGGGGACAAAAGACUUUUCUUCACAUGCACACCUCAAAGAUAUUGGUGAGGAAAUCGUUCGAAAAUGUAAAGGCUUGCCUUUGGCGGCAAAAAUACUUGGAAGCCUCUUACGUUCAAAACAGGACCGUGAUGCCUGGGAGGAAAUAUUGAAUAGCUAGAUAUGGAAAACAGGUGGUGAGGAAAUCGUUGCAGCUCUUAUGUUGUGUUACUACCAUCUCCCAUCGCAUUUGAAGAGAUGCUUUGCUUACUGUUCUAUACUCCCUAAAGAUUAUGAAUUUGAGGAGAAGGAGGUGGUUCUAUUAUGGAUGGCAGAAGGCUUGAUUCAACCACAACAAAAAGAGAAGGAAAUGGAAGAUUUGGGUUCAAAGUAUUUUCGGGAUUUGUUGGCAAGGUCAUUUUUCCAACAAUCCAACAACAAAAAAUCUCGCUUUGUGAUGCAUGACCUCAUCAAUGACUUGGCUAAAUCUGUUGCAGGAAAUACAUGCUUUAGAAUGGAAGAUAAAGUUGAGGGUAGUAAACAAGGGAGUAUUUUUAAAAAGGCUCGCCAUUUGUCUUACCUAGGUAACCGUCAUGAUGGCUUUAAAAAGUUUGAGGCCUUUUCUGAACUCACAUGUUUACGUACCUUCUUACCUUUAAUGCUGCCA